AUGGCUUCCGAAACUGAACGCCGAAGCUCUGAUUUAGAAAGGGAAGGGCAAAAGAUCGACGUUUCGAUGCUAUCGUACUCGGAGAUGACUUUGGUCAGCUCCGGAGAAGUAAUGACACGCGAGACCAAGGCUGCGAUUCGCAAAAAGCUUGGGUAUUGCACGGAAUGUCCAGGGCGACCGGUACUUGUCUUCGACGUGAAGAGGUCAAAAUUAAACCCCUUGUGGUUUUCAAAGAAGGUCAGGAGUAUAGAUGGGGAAUGCAAUGAUGGGCAUUGCCUGAAAUGCCAUCCUGAUUUUGAUCCAAAGAAACCCUCGGAACGAAGAGCCCUUCGGCGCUAUUCGGAAAAGAGUUGCGGGACAAACUCAACUGUUUCCAUGGGCUCGUCACGCUCGCUAAGGUCUCAAGAGAGUGAUAGUAGUUCACCUAAUACUCCUGUGAGAACCACUCCUCGGCCCAAGACCCGUGCUUUAGCCAGGUCUUUGUCAAAUGAAACGGACCUUCAAGCCAUCAAGCGAAUGCCUCGGCUAGAUAGUAAACGUAUCAUGGAGAACUCCGACUCCGCCAGUGAUGAACGACAUUAUGAUCAAAGAGCCAACCGACAACAUUCUGAUGGGAGACCCAUGCCUCGUCGCUCCAAGUCUGCUAAUCUUUCUCCCGAAACCUCGCCCAACUCCGGUGACUCAGGCGAAGGUCAGAACAUGACUCUUCGAGGAAACAGCGAACACCUUCGCUCGUCCACGAGCCACCACGAAGGUCGAGUGACUGUUGAACUAUCUCGCAAAGUCGUCGACACCCUUUACAAUGAUGAUAUCAAAGAAGCCUCCGUUCAUUCGUUUUCUACAGUUGAAAGAUCGGAAAGCUCCCCACCGGCUAGUCCGUCGGAUAACUGGAGUCCCACACCUAGUCCGAGACCUCGCCGGAAAAUUAAGCAACAAGAUUUGCAGUCUUCUGCCGUUACCGAACUUCAGGGACUACUGGUUGAUCUUGUCUCCAGCGGCAGCCAUCAUGUUCUGUCUGAAAUUCUUUGUGAUUCAAUGAAGUCGAAUUCUAACGACUUGGAGAUUCAGCUGUUAUGCCUUCGUACAAUAUCUUCAGCGUUCAAGCAGAGCAACGUUGGAAUCUCCAAGCUUGUCUUGGCCCGUGCACAUAUAGAAAUCAUCAAUGCGAUGCAACACUUUCAUUCAUCGAUGGAGAUACAACAGAGGGCAUGUGCUGCAAUCUGGGCAUUAUCGCGAGACAAUAGCGCAAGGACAGCUUUGAUACGUAAGGGUGUCUGCGACUUGAUUCAAAGAGCAAUGUCGAGGAACUUUGGUGAUAAUGUACUUGUAGAAAAGGCCUUAAUGGCUCUCCGAGCACUCUCAAUCGACGAAGAAGCACGCGACAUUCUGCACCGCGUGAGCGUGGUGCACGACAUUGUUCAGGUCAUGGAGUGUCACUGUAUGAACGCGGAUAUCCAAAGGGAUGGAUGUGCAGUCUUGUCCAACAUGGCAGUCGAGUUUGAGAAGAAACAGGCCUCCGUUGUGUCGGUACACGUUCUGAGAGCGGUGGUUGCCGCUUUGAAGACGCACUUAAGUGAUCCUGUUGUUGUCGAGAGUGCAUGUUUCGCUCUUAACAACUUCUCGUACGAAGAAACAAAUCUGAGGGCUCUUCGUCGUUUUACUGAGAUAUUCCCUCUUCUAGAACGGGCCCAGCAAAUCAGCAAGGGUGACCAUGCAUUUGCUGUUGUCGAAAAGCUGCAAAUUUCUCGCGCUGAAGAUGAGUCCUUGGAGGAACAACUGCAUGCGUACUUGCUGCAUCUUAUUGAACAGAAAGCCGAUGUACCGGAAGUUGUGGAAGAAGUUGUAGAAUUCCUCCGUGCUAACGAAUGGUCUCUGCGCAUGAUGGCAGAAACCCUCAGUGCGCUGCGUCUUCUCGCCACUAAGGCAACUUUCCACAAAGAAAUUCUUCUUGACCAGUUAUCAAUACCUGAUCUCGAAAGAAUAUUGAGAGUGUUUGAAGACGAUAUUCGUAUUCAAACAGAAGCACGCCGACUUAUCGAAUGCUUUAAGUAA